ACAGUCAAAUGUGAAACUGAAGUUUAGUGAGCCGGAGCAGAGACGGACAGCAGGACUGAGCAGGAAUGUAAACCCGGGCUCCCACAGUCCGGUCCCCAAAGGAAAUGGACGAGAUAAGGCCUUUGUUGGGCAACCAACCACAAGACAGCCCCGAUCUUCUGUCUCCAAACCUGAGGCCAAGACACCGGGAACUGAUCCCGACACCAUGUGGGCCGAUAAAGCCGUGGUCGGAGCUGUCAUGUCUGCUGAAGCUCUAUUUCUGCUUCACGAUAGCGUCUUUGCUGGCGCUGCUCGGCCUCACCCUGAGCAGCAUCUACAAGCAGCGCAUGGGAACCGACGCGUCUGACGAGGACAACUUCACUGUGUCUCUCAUCCAGCUGGUGGGAAUCUUGUUCUGCAUCUAUUACAUCAGCCGCGGCGUGCUGCAGGAGAACACGCAGGAGCUGGUGGUGUUCGUGCUCAGCGUGUUGGUGGUCAUGAUCCGAUCGGUGGUCAACUUCUCCGUGCAGGGGUCAAAGGGCAAGCAGGAACUGCUGGUUCGUUUUGUGUGCAUCAUGUGUCUGGGCGUGGUGCAUGUCCUCUGCACCUCGCUGCUCAUCCAGAGGCCCAACAUGAUGGCUUUCCGUGUGGGCGGGGCCUUGGAGAGCCUCCAGGAGCAGUACUUCCUGCUCAACCUCUGUUUCUCCAUGGUGACCUUUGACCUGUGGGCUCAGUUGUCUCUGUGUAUCCUGAUCACGACGUCGGACUCGGCCAUGUCUGCUCACAACAGCAUCAUCCUGGGUGUGGGAGUGUUCUGGGCCUGCCUCACCGCCGCUGUAGGGGCAGUUGCAGUUUUGAAGGAAGCCAAGGUCCUGGUCUGGGUCUUCAUGGCGCAGAACCUUCCUCAAGUUGCCUUCUUUGUUUAUCUGAUGUAUACGGUGAGCUGAAAAUGGGUGGACCCUGGUUUUUGUGCCUCAGAUUCAAAAGACAUUUCCCAAAACACAGACAACUGAAU